AUGGCCAAUGGGCCAUGUCAGGGGCUCGGCAAGGAUGCCGUCACCGUGGGAUGGAUCUGUGCUCUUCCAAUCGAGCUGACCACGUCCGAGGGGAUGCUUGAUGAUGUUUACCCGGCGCUUGAACAGGUGCAAGGUGAUGAGAAUAUCUAUACACUAGGUCGUAUUGGGCAACACAACAUCGUCAUCGCUUGGCUCUCCGCUGGCAGUACAGGAAUUGCGCCUGCUGCGAAAGUCGCAAAAGACAUGCUUCGUAGCUUUCCUCAAAUCCGAUUCAGGCUGAUGGUCGGUAUCGGAGGUGGGGCUCCCAGCGUGAACCCAGACAUUAGACUUGGCGAUAUUGUUGAUGGUGUCCCAGAUAGAGAACUUGGCGAGGAGUCACGAACAUUUGCUGCGAGACAAGCUACUCACACGACGCGCAGGUGGCGUGGUGAAAUUCGAUCGCGGAAAGACCGUGCAUAG